CUAAUCCCACUUAUAGAGUCUAAAAACUCUACAAUGGAUGGAAUCAUUUUUCAUUAGAAAAAACUGAAUUGCAGGAAAAAAGAACAAGAAAUAUCUAAGAAAAACUUUAUUAUAAUUCCUCAACAUUUUUUUCCAAUAUUAAAAUCCAUGAAUUCUUGCAUUGCUUUCUAUGGAUAUCUGAUGAUCAGGUCUUUCCUUCUGGAAUCUACUUCAUUUUGCCAUUAAAAGGUCAGUCAAUGAUUCAUUGGUCUAAACAUCAAUUUUGGAGCUACGUACCUCAAGUGGAAACUUGCUGCUCUUUUCCUCUAUAUAGUCCCCUCCCCCCAUGACAGAAACUUCAAACCAAGAUUGAUAAACAGCAGCAAAGUCCUCUGCUUCAGCUUCCUUCUAUCUUCUGUGAACCCUGGAACGCAAAAAUGGUGUUGGCUGAGACUUCAAAGCACAACACUCUUAUUGCAAGAAAAGGAUUGUCUCCUCUCUUUUUGCCAUCCUCUAAAACACCCACUUCUUCUUUUUCAUUUCCAAGCUUUCUCACAGUUUCUGAGUCAAUGGUGGAAGAGAGCAUUCAAAAUGCAGAAUCAAUCAUCACAAAAUGGGAUCGAAACUCUUCAUCAUUAACCAGAGUUAUCCCUCUCUUUCACCGAAACCGAAAAGAGGCCAAAGAGUACCUCAAAUGUGUUGGAGACCUGCGUCGAUCCAUGCAUUUUCUUGUUUCUCAAAAUUCAGCAUCUGAUAAGCUCAUUCUUGCUCAAAAGCUCAUGCAAUUGGCCAUGAAAAGGCUUGAAAUGGAGUUUUAUCAGAUACUGUCAACGAACCGUGAGCAGCUUGAUCCGGAAUCGGUUUCAAGUCUGUCCUCUGAUGGUUCAGGCAGUUUUUAUGAUGAGCAUGAGCUUUUAUCUGAAGAUGAAGCUGAGCUGAAAAAGGCUGGUGAGUCAAUCACUGAGGUGGAGAGAGUCUCAGCUUUGGCAAUGUCAGAUUUGAAGGCAAUAGCUGAGUGUAUGAGCAGUUCUGGUUAUGGUAAAGAGUGUGUAAAGAUAUACAAAUUGUUCAGAAAAUCAAUAGUUGAUCAAGGGUUAUAUCUACUUGGAAUUGAAAAGUUCAAGUCUUCUCAAAUCAAUAAAAUGAAUUGGGAAACACUAGAGCAUACAAUAAAGAACUGGCUGAAUGCAGUGAAGAUUGCUGUAAAAACACUCUUUACUGGAGAAAAAAUUCUCUGUGAUCAUGUGUUUUCAGCAUCUGAGACAGUCAGGAAGGCUUGCUUUGCUGAAAUAACCACAGAAGGAGCAAAAAAUCUAUUCAGGUUUCCUGAACUCAUUGCCAAGAACAAGAAAGCAACAGAGAGAAUUUUCCAGCUAAUCAAACUCCAUGAAGCAAUCUCUGAACUCUUGCCAGAGAUUGAAACAAUAUUCAAUGCUGAAUUGACUUCAGCUAUUAAAUUGCAGGCCCUUUCAUCACUGCACAAAGUUGGUGAGUCAGUUUGCACUUUACUGACCAACUUCGGAUCAUCAAUCCAGAAGGACUCAUCAAAAAGUCUGGUUGCUGGUGGAGGGAUUCACCCGCUUACUCGAUCUGCAAUGAGUUACAUUUCUUCGCUGGCAGAUUAUGGUGAACAGCUCUCUGAUAUUGUUGCUGACCAUCCACUACCAGGAAAUUCAUCACUUCCAGAAUCUUACUUUGAGAAUCCUACUUCCAUUGACAGUCAAAAACCAGCCGUGUCAGUCCAUCUUGCUUGGCUUAUAUUGGUGCUUUUAUGCAAGCUUGACAGGAAAGCUGAGCUAUAUAAAGAUGUCUCUCUGUCAUAUCUUUUCCUAGCAAACAACCUUCAGUUCAUCAUUGAUCAGGUUCAUAAAAGUAACCUGAAGUACCUCCUAGGUGAGCAGUGGGUGUCUAGACAUACAAAGAAAAUUAAACAAUAUGCUUUGAGCUAUGAAUCAAUGGCCUGGAAUAAGGUAUUCUCAUCUCUCCCUGAAAGGACUUUGUCGGUACUAUCACCUGAAGCAGCGAAAGACUGCUUUCAGAGGUUUAAUGCUGCUUUUGAAGAAGCAUAUAUGAAACAGAUAUUGUGGAUUGUACCAGAUGGGAAGUUGAGGGAUGAACUGAAGGUGUCGAUAGCUAGGAAACUUGGACCAGCAUAUAGAGAAUUCUAUGAAACAUACUUGGUGACAUUGAGUGAGGAGAAAAACUUGGAGGUGUUAGUAAGGAUUGCGCCUGAUGACUUGGGAAAUUACUUGUCAGAUCUUCUCCAUGGAACUCCAUUUUCAUCGAGUUCUUUGUUAUCAUCGCCUCAUUCACGAGGCUGCCUUCCCUGGUGA